UAUAUUACUGUGCGAUCAGUUUCGUAUGUUUGAAAAAGAACAGCCGUUAAGCAAGGAUUACGAUGUGUUUUUUCGACCUAAAUCAAGAAGCUUUAGAACAAAGCACUAAACUAAAAUGUCAUUUUCCGGUACCCAGCAGCGUGUGCCGUCACGUGAUUAUCGUACGGUAGCCUAUCAAAGGCAUCCAGCGACGGUGAUGUAUAGUGGGUGUGGACCGGAGGGCGUUGACUUGGGGACGUGAUUGAAUGGGUGGGGUUUAGAGAAGAGCAGGAAGGAGAAGGCGAGAGACUUGGGGUGUUACAGUGGAGGGGCAUUUUUUGUGGUGACCCUGUUGGUGGAAAGAUGCCGCGGGUUGUCCCGGACCAGAGAGCUAAAUUCGAUAACGAGGAGUUUUUUCGGAAACAAAGCCGCGAGGGUGAGAUUAAAUACACAGGUUUUCGCGAUCGGCCUCAUGAAGAACGACAAGCACGUUUUCAAAAUGCUUGCAGGGAUGGACGUUCUGAAAUAGCAUUUGUUGCUACGGGUACCAACCUAUCUCUGCAGUUUUUUCCAGCAAGCUGGCAAGGGGAACCACGACAAGCACCCGCACGUGAAUAUGUGGACUUUGAACGGGAGUCUGGGAAGGUUUAUUUGAAAGCUCCAAUGAUUUUGAAUGGUGUCUGUGUCCUGUGGAAAGGCUGGAUUGAUCUUCAGAGAUUGGAUGGGAUGGGCUGCCUUGAAUUUGAUGAUGAUAGAGCACAGCAGGAGGAUGCUUUGGCCCAGCAGGCCUUUGAAGACUCUCGAAGGAGAACACGUGAGUUUGAAGACAGAGACCGCUCUCACCGGGAGGAAAUGGAGGUGAGAGUUUUACGACCACGCUGCCCAUAACUGUAUUCUGUUUUCAUGUAGGCUCGGCGACAGCAGGAUCCCAGCUCUGGUCUGGGUGGCGGGGAUGAUCUAAAGCUGCGUUAAGUCUCUAUCUCCAAGUUCACUGUACCACCUGCUUAACAAGGAGAGUAGGACUAUUUUAUUUGCAGCCCCUUGUCUUUGGUUCACUGUGGACCUUUAUGCCUUUCACCCCAUGUCUGUAAGCAUGCUGCUUGUGCUUUUACAAACGGUUCAUAUAGAUCUUUUGGUGCACUAUGUGUCCAACAAUAGGUCAUGAUUUAAAGUUUACUACAUAAAUUAGGUCAAGUUUUAAAAUAUUGUUUUUGUUCUGUUGCUUUUAGGUGCUGGUAGUUUAAUUUGAAUAUCCCUGCAAGAUGUAUAGUUGAAAUGACUGUCAGGUCACACAUAAAUGCAUUGCACAAUUUAAGAUGAGAAGCUUUGGAUCCCCAUCUAUGUAAUGUAAAAACAGUUACAGAGCAGUCUAUGCAUGUUUUUAUACAGAAAAAGUCUAGUCAUACCUUAACUGGAAUCAUAUAAUCAAAUUAAUGUUGUUUUCUGUUAUUGUUUUUAUAUUCUAUGUAAUAUUUUGAGAUAGCAUACUGAGACUAUAUUUUCUCUUUUAAUAAAAGUCUGAAGUAGUUAUAAGCACACUAAAAAGACAUUUUCAUAUGCUAUAAAUGUUAUAAUGGCAAUUUUAAGCUGGUUAUUGGCUAUCAAUUGAAAGGUAUGAAUAGAUGACAGUCCCAUGAUAAAAAGAAAACCAGUCAUAACAAAACAGCUUAAGGAAGUGUAUUUAAAAAAUGUAGAAAAAUGUGAUUUUUCCAAAGCGCUUACCUUAUUUUUUAUAUAUAAUUUAAUUUCAUUUUUUGGAAAUUGGAAAUGUCUAGCGUGAGCAAAAUUUGCAAAAUUUUUGUUAAAGCCCUAUAACACCCCCCUGCAGGUUAAGCAAUUUGUUACAUAAAAUCAUUAAAGGGAAAGUAUCAAAAAUAAGUUAAAUAUAAGACUCAUAUAUCAUAAAUAUAAAGCGCUUUACAGUUUUAAGAGGGGUGAGUUCCAUGUGAUUUGCAGAUGUCAAUCAUGUUAGAACUCUAAAUUAUUUUAUUCAGAAGUCAGUUUUACCAGCAUAUAUCAGUGUUGCAAAUAUGUAAAUCCAAACAAAUACAUACUAUGCAUUGUUUGAUGUUAAUUAAGCCUUAAAUCAUAUAACGUUUGUCCUUUAUUGAUUUAUUUUGUCAUGUGUAAACUGUAUUAUUCAGAUACAGAACUGUUACCUUGUUUUAAUAAAGUAAUGCUAUUGCCUAAAUAGCUGGUUUACAAUUA